AUGAAACCAAGAACAAAGUUUGAAAAUUGUCAAAAGAAAUAUGUAAAUAAUUUUUAUGAAAUUAUUGAUGGAAUAAUAUAUAUUAAAAAAGAAAAUGUUAAUUGUUCAGUUAGUUGUAAAUAUCCUAAAAAUGAUUUUGAUAUGACUAGUGGUCCUUAUCUAAUAAUUAAUAUAUCAACUCCAAUUGAUUGUGAUGUUUUUCAUAUAUAUUGCCUUGAUCAAUCAAAAUCAAAAGUUUUUGAAGAUAUUAAUUUUCAUAUUAGAAAAAUUGAAAAUAUUACAAAAGAAGAAACACCUUUUUUAGAAGAAAGUUUCAAAAAUACAACUCAAAAACAAUUAUAUGAUGUUAAUAUUUAUAUCUUAGAUUCAUUAUCCUUCUAUCAUGCAUCAAGAGCAUUAAUAAAAACAAGAAAAUAUUUAAAAGAGAAGUUAAAUGGUGUUGAAAUGAAAUAUUUAAAUAUUAUUGGAGAAAAUUCAAGACCAAAUGCUUAUGGAUUUCUUUUAAAUAAACAAAAAUCUGAUGUCAUUGAUAUUUUUAAUGUUAAUACAGCAAAAAAAAAUGAUUUUGGUAGUGAAGAUUCAUGUAGAACUCCAUUAGAUAAUACAACUUUUAUACAAGAAUACUAUAGAAGAAUGGGUUAUGUAACAUUAAAUGCAGAAGAUUUUUUUCAUGCUGGUAUGUUUAAUUGGCCAGAUUGUGUUGGAUUCAAACAAACACCAGUUCAUUAUUCUUUAAGACCAUUACAGGUUCUUGCAAAAGAUAAAAAUCUUUCAUCAAUAGUUAAAAAUAUGUUUGAAAAAAAAUGUUAUACAAGGGGAUUUCAUUUAAUGGAUUAUAUGAGUGAAUUUUUAGAUAAAUAUGAAAAUAAAUUAAAAAUGUCUUUGGUAUGGCAUACUAAUUUAUUACAUGACGGUAUGUCAGAUUUAUUUGCUAGUGAUGAAAUAUUUUAUGAUUACUUUCAAAAAAAUGAAAAACAUUUUAAUAAAUCAUUUAACAUAUUUAUGGGUGAUCAUGGUUUUAGAUUAUCAACUUAUCAAACAACUGAUAUAGGUGGACAUGAACAUAAAAAUCCUUAUUUUAUUAUUACAGUACCAAAUGAAUUAAAAUCAAAUAAAGAGUUGAUGGAUAAUUUAAGAGAAAAUAGUAAUAAACAUAUUUCACAUUUUGAUGUUUAUGCAACUUUAAUAGAUUUAUUAACAAAUGCACCUAAUGAUAAUUUUGAAAUGCUUAACAAACAAAAAAAAUUUCCAAUUGUUAAUGAUACGAUUAAAGGAUCAAGUUUAUUAAGACCAAUAAAAGGUAAUCGUUCUUGUUAUGAAAUGUAUAUACCACCACAAUUUUGUUUAUGUACUCCAAAAUUUGAAUUGCUUCCAAAAAAUAUGGUAGAAAUACGAAAUAAAUUAAGUGAAUGUUUUAUAAAAGGUCUUAACAAUAAAAUAAUUGUUGGAAAUUUGACAGAUAAGUGUGCUAAAAUGAAAUUAGAUGAAAAUGAAACAUUUAUGGUUAAUGUAGCAAGAUCAGGAGAUACUGGAGUAGUAUAUAAAGUAGAUGCUGUAACAACACCUGGAAAAGCUAUGUACCAAGCAUUAAUAGAUAAGAAUUGUAAUAUUAUUAAAGAUGAAAUUACAAGAGUUAAUGUUUAUAAAGACCAGGCAGAAGUCUGCGAAAAAAAAUCAAACUAUAGGAAAUAUUGCUACUGUAAAAGUUUAUUAAAAAAAUAA